AUGGAAGAAGGGAAACUGGCUGAGGAUUCAGAAUGUAAAAUGUCAGAAAUCAAACCUGAUGAGUGCAUCAAUAAUGACGUUCCCCAUCUCUCUGAUGAAAAAUUUGAUUUUGACCUUUCGCUGUCUCCUUUGAGUGAAAAUGAAGAUGAAGUAUUUGUUGGACCCAUGGGCCAUAAAGAGAAAUGCAUUGCCGUGUCUAUUGAGGCCUGUGAUGGGGCUGAAGGGAGCAUCCCACCACCGCCUGCAGAUAACCUGAUGUGGAGCCCACUUGCUGGGGAGAAGUUUGCAGAAAUUGUUAAAGAAGCUCACAUGGUAGCUCUUCAGCUACAAAGUGGAAGCAAAACUAAAAGACCCCAUGCUAACCAGGUGGGAGAUCAGAGACCGGAGUCUGUGGAAAAAUUUGUGCAAGAAUCAAAGUCCAAACUGAAAAUCUUCGAGUCGAGCACUAAGAAAGAGAGAACCCCCAGGUCUGUGAAGAGAGAGACUUACUGUGUGUGGGAAAGCCCAGUAUCUCAGCUUCCACCUUCCUUUCAGAAGCAUUCAAGGCAACUGGUACAAGUGAUGGACAACUUGAAUUCUCCAGUAAUGCCUCAGGAAGGAUCUAGUCCUAGAACAAACAAAUUGCCCAAAUCGUUCAUUACACAGGUAGCACAAGGUUGUAGUAACAAAGACGAUAAAAAAUCAAGCAAGCUGCAGACUGUAAAAACUUCGCAUGUGUUUGGAAACAACUGCUUAGUGGUGGAACAGCCAGAAUCAAAGAGCCCAUACCGCCCUCCCAGCAGGAAGCAUUUGAAAAGCAUGGGAUCACUUGAAAAUAUCUCUAGCAAAUUAAGUAUUGUUCCAGAUGCUAAAGACUCUUCCAUGGUGCAAGACAAGAGAAGGCUUCCUACCCCUAGCAAGCUAAGUAUGAAGACAACACAACUGAAGCCACCUAAUGAUGUUCAAAUGCGGAGGAACACUUUAUCUUCAUCAUCAUCCUCACUUUCUAGCAUGAACUCAAGCUUGAAUUCAAGUCUGUCCAUCUCCCCUAAAAGAGGAAAAGUUAAAACAAAUAUUGUUGCAAAAGCUUCUACAUGUGGCUCCGGGGUCUCCUCUGGGACAACCAAGGUAGCUAUGGUUAGACCUAUGAGAGUGUCAUCGGUGCAGGCUUCCCAUUCAGACAUGUCUGGGAAGCAAGAGAGAUCAAUCUGCGCUACAAAAGGAAACACUUCUAUGAAUGUGGCCAGAUACAAAGCUGCUUUUGAAUCCAAGACUUCAGGCAGUGGGAUUCGGGGAAUGAGUUUGGAUCCUAGACUACAAAAAUCAUCACAGAAAAGCAUGAUGCAAGAAAGAAGAGGCAGUCCCUGUUCUGAAAAUAAAAUGGUUCCCUCCACAAAGGAAGGUAUGUCUUCAGAAAAUGGAGUGGUGAGAGUAUUGCAACCAAUUGCAUUCCUAUCAGGUGGCAAUGUUGGAAGUAAUGUUGCAGUCAGCCCACCCGUCAAACAGUUGGAAGAACGGACUGUGUUAAAUUCCUGUUCUUCAAUAAAGUCUAUCCUGACUCCAGCCAGUAUAAAGCGUUCUGGAUUGCCUACACCCGUUGGCCGUCGUAUGUCAGAACUUCCAGCAAGGACACCCAAAACUGUGCCUAGAUCAAUGUCUUCACCCAACCUUCCACCUUUUCGCCAAGUCUCUAGCUUGCUAUCCAAAAAGACUUCAGAAGCUAGUUCUAAAAGGGCAAAAGAAAGCCAUGUGCAGGCAGCCCACAGCUCAUCGACAUCUUCCUCUGAAGGAGACUUGUUUCCCCCUCAAGCUGUGUCUGUUGCACUUGAUUUUUCACCCGAGAAGUCCCCUUCAAACAAACAGGACUUAGCUGAAAAUCAAAAACCAGCUAAAGAAACACAAACUAAGGAGGGUUUAUUGAUAGACAUUGGGAUAGACACACCACCAGUUGCCCACCAGGAAUGUGAAAAUAAGCCUCUCAUUGAUUUCUUUAACACCCCUGAAAUGAUUAAAGCCCUUCCACUGAAGCCAACAGAACAGCUACUAGACCUGGGCUCUCCUCUUAUUUAUCUCAGUCCUGAAGGAAAUAAAGAAAAUCUGGAUUCUCCUCUAUUAAAGUUCUGAUCUCCUAGACCUAAAAAUUCAUCUCUAAACUUGGAAGAGUUUCACAUGCAUGUGUGAGUGGU